UGAAAGAGUUGCGCUUCGGUUCUCUCAAAGAAAUGGUACUUCUGGGAGAGAGUAAAGGGAUUUCUAGCAACGUCUUGCUAAUGUACUGGUACUGAAAGGGGAACGAUAUUGGGGGAGGGGACGCCAGGUCUUUCAAGCAGCUGUUUUGGGAAGCACAGUUGAGCGGAGGCAACAUCGAAUGAUGGUAGAGCAUCAAGUGGCUGCAGCAGCAAGUGCCUUUCAUUCCAACAGCCAACCAAGGAUCAUAUCUCAGCCAGUACAGUGCUGAAGCAUAAUAAUACUUGCCAGAGGAUGCUUAUUCUCCACUGUAAGCACAAGGACAUCUUAAUUCCAUGUCAAUUCUUUUCCUAAUGGACCCAAAUGACUGACAGUAGCAACAAUGUCUUCCUGUGGGAAUGAAGUCUCAAGAUGGAACCUGAGACACGUCAGAAGAAUAGCAGAGGUUCUGGAGCCAGUAACCUCACCCAGCUAUGCUAACAAGCUUUCAUCUGAGACACCUGUUGGUGGCAUGGAUCAGUGCUUACACAUCCCUGGGAAAGCAGACUCUGCCUACAGUUCUUUUUCUGGUGGCUCCAAUAUUCCAGAAUGUCAUAUUCCAUUGUGCAACAGUGACCAUGACAUUCUGCCUUUAGAACAGCUUCCAUACAUGGACUCAGGAUAUGUAAGAGGUGUUUUUAAUCCUUGUGCAAUGCAUUCUAAUCUUAAACAGAUAUAUCAAGACAAGCCAGUAGAAAUGAGCAUGCACAAAAUGGACAAUGGCCAGCCAUAUGGAAGCACUUCUGGGAUGCUAUACCAACCACCAUCAUCUGUGGCUGGGCUUCCACCACAUCUUUCACACCAGUCAUCCCCACCAACUCAAGUUGAUAGCUAUAAAGCUAGCAGAAAUACAGAUCAAAGUCAUUACGGAAUUUGCUUCGACUACAGAAUUCAAGGAGAGGAAUGCAGUCAAGAUAUCAGCAAAACCCUCCCUUUUGACUCCCCAGGAAAGUGUUAUGAUGACUGUUGGCUUUCAACAUGUAAAGAUAAAAGUCCAGUCAUAGAACUAGAAGACAGUGACAUUUGGUAUCCCACCAAUCAUUAUAUGACAAAGAAAAAUGAAACUACCGCUUCCACCAAACCUUAUUUAAAUUUUCAAGGCUAUUUAAAAUCUGGUUCUUUGGUCCACCCAUUAAAUUCAGCCCACAAUUAUAAAUUUCCCGAGGCACUGAACUCUAAGUCCUCUCUUUUGCCACACACCAGCCAUAAUGCUGUUAAUGAUACACAAGAGAACAAACAGUGUCUUUAUACUUGCCGUGUACACAAACCACCCUUUGCAGAAGCAGACCUGCCAUGUACCAUGUCAGUACCUGGUGAACAAGAAGGACAGCUUUGUGGUGUUUUCAAAGCUGACAAGCAUUCAGGUUUGGAUCAGGAGAUAUAUGAGAACAGCCCAAGCUUAAAGUACACGGACAGUUCUCUUCCAAGUCUGACUGCACUAGGGAUAAUUAAUACCUAUGAAGACAAGUAUCAGUGUUUCAGCUCUAGAGAAGAAAACAGCAGAAAUAUUGAGCAGCCACUUCUAAAACAGCAAGCUAGAAGGCAGAAGUUGCCAUCUGCAUUCCAAAUUCUCAAUGGAGUUAGAAAAGCAAAGCAAAGUGAAAAUAAUGGCAACCCUGAACUUCUUACAAAGCCCAAGCAAGAGGAAAUGCUAAUGUCUGUUCGUUCUCCGCAACAAUUUUCUAAGAAGGUUGAAAGUCAAUCCCAGGAUGACUCUGCCAAUAGAAAGAUAAACAGAAAAACAACUCCCUUGCUCUACUACCUUUCUGGUGGGAAAAAUGCCAACAUGAUGAGUAAUCCAAAUCAAGUUCAGUUACAUGAAGACUUUGAUAUGCAGUCUCCAAGGAGCGAUUGUUCAGUUUCUGCAGAACCAAUAGAAAUACCAAGGGACAGUAACAGCUGUGUGAAAGACACUGCUGCCAGCCAGAAGACAGAGCUAAUUCUAGAGAGCCCAGCAUCAUCAGUGGAUGAGAAGUUCAAGAAUGACUAUCGAGAAAAACUUAAAGUUGCUCAAAGAAAAGUUCUGAGAGAAACCUCAUUUAAGAGAAAGGAUUUACAGAUGAGCUUGCCCAUUAGGCUGAAGCAGAAGCCUUCCUCGAGGCCUUCCAUUCAGCAUCUCAGGUCUUUGUCAUUAUCUAGUACAAAUGAAGACUUCCAGUUGAUUCCUUCCUCCAAGCCACUUGAAAACAUCGAUAAACAGGAAGAGCCCCAAAGACCCCAAGCUAGUCUAAUUGGGGGAAGGAAAAGAAUCACCAAAGAACAAAAGAAGACCUCUUAUUCUGAACCUGAGAAGCUGAAUCAACUGGAUGACCAGAGAGAUCACAACACAGCAUGGAGAAUUAAAAACGCAAGGUGCAGGUCUGAUGAAAUCAAUGAUCAAGACCCUGGGAUCAUUAAUAACAAAGGUCUGGAAAAUCAAAGCAGAGCUCUUUCAAAGGUGGAACUGAAGCAGAUACAGCACAAUGCCCUUCUUCAGUACAUGGAACGCAAGAUUGGACAACGGCCUGCUACUGUCCAUACCAGCAUCCCACAAAAGCCCCCUUUGCCAACAAGGCCCUCAGAGUCAAAGUUUUCAGAAGACAGCAUUUCUAACCUCAGCAGCAGCAAGAAAUCACAAAAUAUUGAUAGUUCCUGUCAAUUUUCUUAUCUUGGGAGAAAUCUGGAAGCACCUGUUCUCCUCUCUUCUGCAACUCCUGUAUCUCCUUUUUCCAUGUCUGAAAAGGUUGAUUGGAAAAUACAUUCUGUUGUCAGUGAAGGGAGCUGUGUCGGCAGAUGUACUUCAACGAAAAGUCUUCUUUACUCGGGUGCUUCUGUCUCCAGCAAAGGCCAUGGGAGAUCAAAGUCAACGCCUUCUCCUAUGCAGGAUUUCUAUAAAUCUACAGACUGCCCAGUGUUGUCAUCUCAGGACCACAAAUAUUAUCCCUCCCAGUCCUGUGCCCCAACAAAGGAGGAACUAGAAGCUGACCCAUCAGACUGUUUCAGGACUUCAAAACAAAACACUUACACAGCUGGAAGGAGAGGGAAGUCUAUGGAGGAAACUGGAAGCUCAGAAAUUGUCAGAUUAUCACCUCUGAGUCAAAGUACAGAUCAGCUUCACCAUCUGAAAAACCAGCAGAUUUCUUCUGGGCAGAAGCUGGACAAAAACAGCCAAAAGCCAAAUCAUCAAAACACUGUUCUGCAAAACUGUGAGACUACAUCUGGACCUCUGCCCAGACCAUCACACCCUGAAGGUGUUGGAGGUUUAAAGGGAUUAAAUUCAAUGGUCCAGGCACUUGAACAGUCUCCUAGUACAAAUAAACACAGCAACACUUUAAUGAGUCUAGGCAAUCCAUCCCUGUCCCAUGUACCCUCACUUUAUGUGAGUAGGUCACAGUCUCAGAAUGUAUCUGUGGAGCCUCUGCAUUCUCCUACUGAGACAGACAAUGAUGUUUUUAAGGACUCCUUUUCCAAUGGCUCAGAAAAGGCCUCAAGCCUUCCCUUCCCCUAUAAACAAAAUAAGAAUUCCAUUCUGGACAGAACACCACCAGAAUCUGCCUUGACUGUAUCAGCUUUACAGACGUCCAUAGAAGGAAAACAAGUCAAAGAAUAUAAUGCCAGCUUUUAUGUUCCCAAGGAAGAAGAAUCUGGUCUUGGAAACAGAAAUGGAAACAGUGAAGAAAAUAUUUCUGCUGAGAAUUCACAUUGUCCAGAGAUAGCUCCUGAAUUUUCUGCUUUUAUCCUCAAAGAAAGGAUUAGCAAAGAUUCUCAUCUGCAGAAAGAAAGAAAUAAUCAAUCCCUAACGUCUAAUGCAUCAGAGAGGACACAUUGGCAACAGUUACAGAUGACCCACAGAAGAGCAGGAUAUUGCUCGGAGGACAUAACAUACUGUACAGUUAUAUUGGAUAGCCAAGGGGAUAAAAAUACUGGUCAUCCAUCAGCAAAAGUGGGGAAAAAGGGACAUGAUAAUAUCUUUCAAGAGCAAGACACUGAAUUGUCAACAGAACAGUUAAAAUUUCGAGAGGACCAGAGGUGUGAAGACCUUGCUGUUAAGAUUACUGCCAAAGAAAAGUCUCUGGCUGACAUCCUCAGGCCUCAUCCUACUAGGAAGACUGCUUUAGAUCUCAUGGAAGGCCUUUUUCCUGUGAAUAUUUCAAUAUCUGACAGAUCCUUGAGAAUAAAGAGGAGAAACCAGUCUGUUCAAGAAAAUGACCAAAUAAACAGUGAUAGUGCCUCAAAUCUCUCUCAUGAAACUGGGCAUUUUCUUGAACAGAGAGCAGAUGAUCCCGCAUCACAUAUGGACCAAAUCCUGAGUAGUGGCAGAGAGUGCCUUGAGGACCCAGAAAACAUCAUAUCCAAGAAAAAAGAACUUAUUUCCAGCAUCCAGUUGAAGCUGCAGGUUCUGUUGGAUGAGAAGGAACUUAUCCAGUCUGAAGCCAAGGAGCAUGCUGCUCAGGGCAAAGAGCUGGAGUCCCUCGUGCAAGAUAUCUGCAAACCCAAUGAAUACGAGCGCUAUAUGAUGUUCAUUGGAGAUUUGGAGAAAGUUGUAAGCCUGCUGCUCUGUCUGUCUAGCCGUCUUGCUCGGGUUCAGAAUGCCAUGGAGAAAAUUGAUGAAAAUACAGAUGCUGAAGAAAAGCAAUCACUGAAUGAGCGGCACAGCCUCUUGUCCAGACAGCGGGAGGAUGCAAAGGACCUGAAAGAAAACUUAGAUCGCAGAGAAAGGGUGGUGUCAGGCAUCCUUUCCAAAUACUUGACUGAGAGUCAACUCCAGGACUACAGGCACUUUGUACAGGCAAAGACAUCACUCUUGAUUGAACAGAAGGACCUUGAGGAGCAGAUUAAGUUUCUUGAAGAUCAACUGGAGAGGCUGGAGGAGAGUAUUCCUCCUUAAUCCACAUCAAUGAGCCACUAGCUUUCCUGAAUGAACCAUUUGUGCCAGAAAUCCCUCUGUGUCCACAGAACAAUUUCUAAGAAGUGAAUAAGGCCUUGUUUGAUUACUUCUUGAUUUUUCAGUGCAGCAUUGUUGACAAGGGCUUAAUUGGAUUAGGCACACAUUCUUUGAGGAAAAAACAAAACCUUAAUCAUAGGUUGCAGAUUUUAACCUGAAAUUACCGUUGCAGUCUGCGUUGCUGUGUUGUUUUUACUUUCUUGCCAGUCAACAUCAUCCCAUUUUUUAAAAAAAUCAUAAAAAGUACUUUUCUCUUAGUGAGUAGAAAGAGUGCUUGAUGUGAGAAACCAUGUGGGCAUUUGAAUGUGAGUUAGGCAGAAGAACAGAAACUUUGUGUCACAGCUCUGCAGGCCAUUUUGGAAAUUCCUGUUCCAGUUUAGUGCUUGGAGUAGCUAAUAAAUCUGAAUAGUUUUAAAUUCA